GGAACGGGCGCGGGAACCGGGAUCGCGAUGGACCCGGACCCUGAUCCCGGCCCCGACACGGGCCCGGUGACGGGCUCAGGCCCCGGCCUGGCCCCGGUCACGGACCCGGUCACGGACCCGGUCACGGACCCCGACGUGCAGCCGCUGCCCCGGGGCGGGUUCCGCUGCCGCCUGUGCCAGAUCACCGCGGCCAACCGCCCGAGCCUCGUGUCCCACCUGUCCGGGAAGCGGCACCGGCGGCUCCGGUCGCUCCGGGCCGAGCGCCGGGAGCAGGAGCUGCGGAGCCUCUUCGUGAGCGGCUUCGCCCGCGGCACCGACCCCGCCGAGCUGCGGCGGCACUUCGGGACCUUCGGGGCCGUCACGGGGGUCGUCAUGGACAAGGACAAGGGCGCCUUCGCCAUCGUGGAGCUGUCGGAGCCCUCGGAGCGGCAGCGGGCCCUGGAGCACCCCCGGCACUGCCUGGGGGGGCGGCGGCUCCGGGUCCGGCCCCGGGAGCACAAAACCUUCCCCCGGCCCCCCCCGCGGGCCCGCGGCCCCCCCGAGCCCCCCCAGGCCCGGGGGCUGCAGGAGGCGCUGGGCCAGGCCCCGGAC